AUGGCAGAAGAAAACGAAUUACCAAGACGCCGCAGUCGGUCCCACCAGGGACUGCGAACGUCAAGAAGAACCCAGAGAAAGCAACGACAACAAGAAGAGCGAGCUGGAGGUAUUGGAGUGGAGGGAGAGCAAGAACUUGGGGGAGAGUCGGAUGAUGACAAGCCCGUUCGAACACCGCUUAGACGUAGUCGAUCCCAAAACUCUACCCUGCGACAAUCCCGACGACGCCAAAAUCGAACCUUCCGCAGUUCCAAUCCAGAUGGCGACGCCAUUCCUGAUGACCAAUCUGUCAAAUCCACCAACACCACCAAGCUGGUGCGAGGGAGCAGACUUCGCAAUAGACGCAGUGCCAAUGCCGCACCGGAAGACCGAGAUCGGAGUCGAUCCAGUUCCGGAAGAGGACUUGAUGGAAAAGAACGACGAUCUUCCUUCGGAGCCAUUGCAGCGGGGACAGGUGUGGGAGCAGUGGAAAACAGUCAGUGUUCGUUUACCGAUCGAGGAGACUCAGUGGCUUCUGACGAGAAAUUCUUGAAAGAACGGAAAUCGCGACAAGACGAAAUUAUUGGUACGGUGUUGAGUGAUUGCCGAAAGGCAGCGGAAGAGGAUCCCAGUGAAUCGGCAGAUCUUGAAGAACCGAUAAAGCCGAAAUCCCUUCUUACGAGACGUCCAUCGCUAACUCGACUCACUGAUGCCCGCAAGCGAGUCCAAGAGCGAAUUGCCAAGGGAUCCUCUGGAGAAGCCGCUAAAGCAUUACAAAGUGACGAAGAAGGUGAAAUGGAAUUAAAGGAUGAUUACGACCCGAGGCAAUUGGAGGACCGACAGAAAACAUCACUCGUCCAAAGAGUAUCUAAUGUAGUGUCGACUCCCGAAAAGACCAAACGCAAAACACUGAGAAAUUUGACUUUGAGUCCUGGGUCACCCCUUGACAGUGGGGGGAACAAAUCGAAUUGGGAUAUUUGA